GGAGCGCGGCGCGGAGGGGCGGGGGGCGGGGAAGGGGCGCGGGCCCCGCACAACUGCUGAGUAAUCGGCGGGGGAGGGGGGCGCGGCGGCCCCCCCCGGGCCCGGCUCACGCGCCCGGCGGCGUGCGCGAUGGAUGCGGGGCGCUCGGGCCUCGGCAGGAAGCGAGAGUCCCCACUUCCACCCCGGGGCCCCGCCCGGCCGUCCGGGGGCGGGGGGGCGCGCUCCGCACACACAACCCCAAGACCUCCCUUGAACAGCUUCUUCAGCCAAGCUAUGCACGCCAGAGGCCCCACAGGCCUGCGGUCCCCGGCCCUGCCCCUGGCAUCCUCAGUCCUGAUGCUGCUGCUGAGUAGCCUCUGGCUGAUGGGAGCUGGCCCUAGCCUCGCCCUAGCCCCGGAGCUGCUGCUGAACCCCUGGCAAGUUCACAGGCUGCUGACCCACGCCCUGGGCCACACGGCUCUCCCUGGACUGCUCCUGAGCCUGCUGCUCCUGCCCACGCUGGGCUGGCGGCAGGAGCACCGCCUGGGCACGCUGCGCUUCCUGCACGCCUCUGCCCUGCUCUCCUUGGUCGCAGGGCUGCUGGCCGUGCUGCUAGCGGGCCUUGGGGUGUCGAGCGCCGCUGGGGGCUGCGGCUACAUGCCUGUCCACCUGGCCAUGCUGGCCGGGCAGGGCACCCGCCCUAGACGGCCGCACGGGCCCCUGCCCCCGUACCUGCUGCCCUGGCUGCUGCUGCUCCUGACGCCACUGCUCAGCUCUGAGCCACCCUUCCUGCAGCUCCUCUGUGGCCUCGUCGCCGGUCUGGCCUACGCCGCCGGGGCCUUCCAGUGGCUGGAGCUGUCCGAGUGGCGGCUGCAGGCGCUGCAGGAGGGCGUCGUGUGCAAGACCCUGGCGGGCGGCUGGCCCCUCCGACUCCUUCCCACCCCUGGCACCCCGACGGAGCUGCCAGUCACCCAUCCUGCCAGAGUGAGGCCUCCAUCCCCCGGACCACCUUCCCGGAGCUUCUGGCCCCACAGCGGAGUCUCAGCCCCGUUUCCCCCAGGGCUUGGGCCGGUGCAGCCCGCCUGGGGGGACCCUUCGGAGGGCCUGGCCUGGGCCGGGAGUCCACUCUGGGCCGCCCUGGAUGAGCAGAUGCUUCAAGAGGGGAUCCAGGCCUCCCUGCUGGAGGCACCGCCCCCAGGGCCUGAGAGCCCCUUCUGGCUGCCCAAGUCGUCUGUCUCCUCCCUGCGGCUGCAGCAGCUGGAGCACAUGGGCUUCCCCACGGAGCAGGCUGUGGUGGCCCUGGCAGCCACAGGGCGCGUGGAGGGCGCCGUGUCACUGCUGGUCGGGGGGCAGGUGGGCGCGGAGGCCCUGGUCACUGAAGCAAAGCGAGGCCCUGCCCACCCUGAGGGCCCUGGGCCCCCGAGCACAGACAGGUGACUAGAAGCCUGCAGAGUGGAGCCCACGUCCAGACCGGGUACCCUGGCGGGGAGGGGGGUGCUCCCUGACUGGUGCAGUGGGGCUCAGGGGCCCCCACCCGUGAUAUUGUUUA